GAUAAAUGUACAUUUACAUGUAUAGUGUACGUACCACAGAUAAAAUAUCACUUUAUGGGUCGGUUGGUUGUACAAAUUUUUGUAGUUUUGAAGGAUUUCAAUUUCACUUUUAUAAAUAAAGAUAAAGAAAUAAAGAAUUGUAGACAGAGCGAAAUUAUUAUAAAAGAGGUUUGAGACAAAGAAAAACGUAUGCAUUUUAUGAUUACGAUUUUUUUUAAUGUGUAAGAAUUAAUUUUACGUAAAAAAAAAAUACAUGUUUCUAAAUUUUACAUAAAAAAUUGUGUUGAAUAUUGAAAAAAAUGAUAUAAAUGAAGAUUUAGUUCGUCCAAAUAAGAUUAUAAGCAAUAGCUGUAUUUUUAUCUUUUUAUUUGGAAGUUUUAAUUAUUGUUAGCAAUAUAAAAUACAUCAUUAGGGUACUUGUGUAGUCCGAUGUCUAGUGCUGAAGUUGUGGAGAGUUCUGUUGAUCCCCCAAACAAAAAACGAAAAAUCGCCAGUACGGCAGGAGGUGUUAAAAACCUCUUCUCGAUUGCAGGCAUGGCAAAAAAUGGUUCAAAGCCUAGUGCAAUACAAUCCGAUAUAGAUGAAGGAUUGUAUUCUCGUCAACUUUAUGUCUUAGGCCAUGAUGCUAUGCGUCGCAUGGCAAAUUCAGAUAUUCUUAUUUCAGGCCUUGGUGGAUUAGGCGUUGAGAUUGCUAAAAAUGUUAUACUUGGAGGUGUGAAAUCAGUUACUUUGCAUGACAAUAUGAUUUGCCAGAUUGAACAUUUAGGAUCACAAUUCUAUUUGAAUGAAAAUGAUAUAGGAAAAAAUCGUGCUGAAGCUUGUUGUCAACAGUUAUCAGAAUUAAACAAUUACGUGCCAACACGAUAUUAUUCUGGACCACUUACAUACGAGAUUCUAAAAAAUUUUAGUGUUGUAGUAAUCACUGAAACUUCACUUGACGAACAACUUAGGAUUUCUGAAAUCACUCACAGUAAUAAUAUUGCUCUUAUAAUAGGAGAAACCCGUGGUUUAUUCUCUCAAAUAUUUUGUGAUUUUGGAGAUAGCUUUUCUGUUAUUGACGCUACUGGAGAACCCCCAAUAAGUGCUAUGGUAGCUAGUAUAUCUCGAGAUAAUCAAGGUGUUGUCACAUGUCUGGAUGAUACACGUCAUGGAAUGGAAGAUGGUGAUUAUGUUACAUUUUCUGAAGUGCAGGGUAUGAGUGAAUUAAAUGGUUGCGAACCGAGGAAAAUUAAAGUUCUGGGUCCUUACACAUUUAGUAUUGGAGAUACAUCUAUGUAUUCUGAAUAUAUUCAAGGUGGUAUAGUAACCCAAAUCAAAAUGCCAAAAAAUUUACAUUUUCGUCCACUAAAAGAUGCACUUAUGAACCCAAACAUUGUAAUUAGUGAUUUCGGAAAAUUUGAUUACCCUGAGCAAACACAUUUAGCGUUUAUUACUUUACAUCGAUUUAUGAAGCAUAAACAUCGUUUGCCUGAGGCUUGGAAUACAGAAGAUUUUCAAGAAUUCUUGAAUUUAGCUAUUAACAUAAAAAGCGAAUAUAAACUGAAUUGUGAUAUUCAAGAAGAUCUUUUUGGUCUUUUUUGCAAAACUUCAUGUGGUGAUUUCAGCCCAAUGAAUGCGGUUGUUGGAGGUAUUAUUGCACAAGAAGUAAUGAAAGCUUGUUCUGGUAAAUUUCAUCCAAUAUUUCAAUGGUUGUAUUUUGAUGCCGUCGAAUGUUUACCAAAAUGCCAACCAGAAAUCAAUAAAGAAAAUUAUUUAUCUGAAGGAUCCCGUUAUGAUUAUUUUAUUAAAAUUUUUGGUAAAGAUUUCCUGGAAAGGUUAGCUAAUUUGAAAUAUUUUAUCGUUGGAGCAGGAGCUAUUGGAUGUGAGUUAUUGAAAAAUUUUGCUAUGUUAGGAAUAGCUACUAAAGAUGGCAACAUUACUGUAACAGAUAUGGAUUUUAUCGAAAAAUCUAACCUCAAUCGACAAUUUUUAUUUAGACCUGCUGAUGUUCAAAAGUCUAAAGCGUCAACAGCUGCUGCUGCUAUUAAAAAGAUGAAUCCUGAAAUCAAUAUCAUUGCUCACGAAAAUCGUGUUGGACCAGAAACGGAAAAAGUUUAUAAUGAUGAAUUUUUUGAAUCUUUAGAUGGCGUUGCAAAUGCUUUAGACAAUGUCGAUGCUCGCAUAUAUGUUGAUCGUAGAUGCGUUUACUAUAGAAAACCACUACUAGAAUCUGGUACUUUAGGCACGAAAGGAAAUACUCAAGUAGUAGUGCCGUUCUUGACAGAAUCAUAUAGUUCUUCACAAGAUCCACCUGAAAAAAGUAUCCCUAUUUGUACUUUAAAAAACUUUCCUAAUGCAAUAGAACACACUUUGCAAUGGGCUAGAGAUAAUUUCGAAGGCUUAUUUAAGCAAAGUGCAGAAAAUGCUGCACAGUACAUUAGUGAUUCCCACUUUAUUGAAAGAACUUUAAAAUUACCUGGCGUACAACCUCUUGAAGUUUUAGAGUCUGUCAAAACAGCUUUGGUGGACGAAAGACCUAAAACAUUCGACGAAUGCAUUACAUGGGCUCGCUGUCAUUGGCAAGAUCAGUAUAAUAAUCAAAUUAGACAGCUGCUUUUUAAUUUUCCUCCUGAUCAAAUAACGUCAAGUGGUCAACCAUUUUGGUCUGGACCCAAGCGUUGUCCCGUUCCAUUAGACUUUGAUGUCAGUAACGAAUUGCAUUUAGAUUACAUAAUCGCAGCUGCUAAUCUAAAAGCAAUUGUAUACGGUAUACCAAUCAAUAGAAAUAGAGACGAAAUAGCGAAAAUUGCUUCUACUGUGGAGGUACCAGGAUUCACACCAAAAUCUGGUGUUAAAAUAGCUGAAACAGAUUCUCAAGUUCAAGUAUCAAAUGGUAACGGUAACAUUGAUCAUGAACGAUUAAACCAAUUAUUAGUUGAGCUUCCGAAAGUUGAGGAAUUGGAAGGACUUACAAUUCAUCCACAAGAAUUUGAAAAAGAUGAUGAUAAUAAUUUUCAUAUAGAUUUCAUAGUUGCUGCUUCUAACUUACGAGCGGCUAAUUAUAGAAUUCAAGCUGCAGAUCGACAUAAAAGUAAAUUAAUCGCUGGUAAAAUCAUACCUGCAAUCGCCACAACUACAAGUGUCGUAGCUGGUCUAAUAUGUUUUGAGUUAAUUAAAUUAGCACAUGGAUUUAAGGAUCUAUCUUUGUAUAAAAAUGGAUUUAUCAACCUAGCGUUACCAUUCUUUGGAUUUUCGGAACCCAUUGCUGCGCCUAAAUUAAAAUAUUAUGACACUGAAUGGACUUUGUGGGAUAGAUUUGAAGUUAAAGGAGAGAUGACCCUAAAAGAAUUUUUAGAUUAUUUCAAACAAAAGUAUAACUUGGAAGUUACAAUGCUAUCUCAAGGAGUAUGCAUGCUUUAUUCAUUUUUUAUGGCAAAACAAAAAUGUCAAGAACGAAUGAAUUUACCAAUGUCAGAAGUUGUAAAAAAAGUAUCGAAAAAGAAACUAGAACCUCAUGUACGUGCGCUUGUUUUUGAGUUAUGUUGUAACGAUAUGGAUGGAAAUGAUGUAGAAGUUCCAUACGUUCGAUACACAUUAACUUAAGCUAUAUGAUGUAUUAAAUUAAUUUUUUAAGUGAUAAAGUAAUGUUCAUAAAUUUUUUAUUUAACAGCCAAAAUCAAUGCUGCAUGUAAUAAAUUACCAGUUUUUAAAUUAAAUUGAUAUUUGCCAUAGGUUG